AUGGCUUCAAAUUUCGACUUUACAGAUAAAACUCAGCAGUCCAUCGCAGCUGCAAUCCAACUAGCAAAGGACUAUGCCAACGCUCAAGUCCAACCGGCUCAUAUUGCCUUUGCUUUUCUCAACGAGGGUGCUGGAGAGCGAAAUGGUUCAGGCUCAUCCCUCUUCACAUCCGUUAUAGAAAAAGCGGGUGGUGACCCGCAAACCGUGAAACGCACUCUUCAAAAGCUCCUAGUUCGACUACCCACUCAGAGUCCUCCGCCAGAAGAAACCAGCUUCAGCUCAGCCGCUCUCAAAGUUCUUCGUGAAGCUCAGAGCAUACAAAAGAAUAUGCACGACUCGUACAUCGCUCAAGACCAUAUUUUACUUGCUCUGUUCAAGGAUCCUUCAAUAUCACCCGUAUUGAAGGAUGCCGGUCUUACGGAGGCUAUACUUAAGACUGCCAUUGAGCAGAUCAGAGGCAACCGAAGAGUGGAAUCCAGGAACGCGGAAGAGGGGUUUGAUGCAUUAAACAAAUAUGCUGUGGAUCUCACUGCUCUGGCAGAGGAAGGAAAGAUUGACCCAGUAAUCGGUCGUGAUAACGAGAUCCGACGUGCCAUUCGUAUUCUUUGCCGGAGAACAAAGAAUAAUCCAGUUCUCAUAGGAGAACCCGGUGUCGGCAAGACUUCCAUAGCCGAAGGCCUCGCUCAACGUAUUGUCAAGCGCGACGUUCCAGCAAGCUUACUCUGCCGUCUCUUCUCCCUCGAUAUGGGUGCCCUCAUGGCGGGCGCCAAGUAUAAGGGAGAGUACGAGGAGCGUAUAAAGUCCGUCUUGAACGAGGUGGAGAAAGCUGCGGAAGAUGGAGGCCCUGGUGUCAUCCUCUUCAUCGACGAGUUGCAUUUGAUAAUGGCCGGCAGGGGAGGUGAAGGAGGCGGUAUGGACGCAGCCAACCUCUUCAAGCCUUUACUGGCGAGAGGCAAAUUGAGGUGUAUUGGCGCAACUACGUUGGCCGAAUACAGGAAGUACAUCGAAACUGAUGCCGCCCUCGAACGCCGGUUCGCCCAAGUUCUGGUUAAUGAGCCGACGGUUCCCGAAACCAUCAGUAUUCUUCGUGGUAUCCGAGAGAAGUACGAAGUGCAUCAUGGCGUCAAGAUCUUGGAUGGCGCUCUGAUUCAGGCUGCGCAACUGGCUCAUCGCUACCUUACGUCCAGGAGAUUACCCGAUUCUGCCAUUGAUCUGGUAGAUGAGGCUUGCGCUAGUGUUCGUGUGACGAGAGAGACAGAGCCUGAAGAGAUUGAUAAACUUCAGCGCAAGAAGCUCGAACUUGAAGUGGAGAUUCAUGCCCUGGAGCGUGAAAAGGACGAGGCUAGCAAAGAACGGCUUCGUCUCGCCAAGAAGGCUAUCGCUGCCGUGGAUGAUCAGUUACGUCCUCUCAAAGCUGCGUACGAAAACGAGAAGAAGCGUGGAGAUGAGAUCAAUGUUGUCCGGAGGAGGAUUGAUGAGCUCAAAGCGAAAGCGGAAGAUGCUGAACGAAAAUACGAUCUCGCCACUGCCUCCGAUCUCAAGUAUUACGCCAUUCCUGAGCUUCAGAACCGCCUCAAGGAGCUCGAGAAACGGGAAGCAGAACAGGAUGACAACGCUGGUGUGAACAUGGUCACUCCGGAGCAGAUUGCAGAGAUCGUCGCCAGAUGGACUUCCAUUCCAGUCACUCGUUUGAUGUCGUCAGAGAAGGAGAAGUUGUUGAGAAUGGAGAAGAUCCUCUCGGAGAAUGUGGUUGGUCAGAAUGAGGCGGUCAAGGCAGUUGCAAAUGCCAUCAGACUUUCAAGGAGUGGGUUGUCAAACCCACAGAGACCCAUUGCAAGUUUCUUGAUGGCGGGUCCUUCGGGAACUGGUAAGACCCUGAUGGCGAAGACGCUCGCAACCUUACUCUUCGACUCUCCGGAAGCAAUGAUUCGCAUCGACGGCUCUGAAUACUCAGAGAAGCACGCUAUUGCUCGUCUCAUUGGUGCUCCUCCUGGAUACGUCGGACAUGAUCAAGGUGGCCAACUCACUGAAUAUAUUCGCCGUAAGCCCUACAGUAUCGUCCUCAUUGACGAAAUUGAAAAGGCCAGCCGUGAAUUCGUCACCUUAUUCCUACAAGUAUUGGACGAUGGACGUCUCACCGAUGGGCAGGGCCGGAUUGUUGAUUUCCGGAACACGGUAAUCAUCAUGACAUCCAACUUGGGAGCUGUGUAUUUGAACGAUAUGGGAGAAGGACCCGUAAAUCCGCAAGCGCGGCAGCUCGUGAUGGGUGCAAUCCAAACUCAUUUCCCUCCAGAGUUUGUGAAUCGUGUGGAUGAGAUCAUUGUCUUCCGUGCACUUUCUCGCAAACAUAUUCUCAAGAUUGUGGAUAUACGGUUAAAAGAAGUCGAAGCACGCCUUGCUGAACGAAAAAUCACUCUCGAGAUUGACGAUGACGCCAAGUCCUAUCUCACUUCCGUAGGAUACUCACCGACGUAUGGUGCACGUCCCCUCAACCGUGCUAUUCAGCAAGAACUUCUCAACCCUCUGUCCGUGAUGAUUCUAGCGGAUCGCGUACGUGACGGGGAAGUUGUUCGCGUGAGGUUUGACGGACCUCAUAAUAGGCUUACAAUCCUGCCCAAUCAUGAAGGGUUUCAUGGAGAGGAUGGGAUGGACGUUGAUUGGGAGGAGGAUGAUGUUGAGAUUGAGGAGAUGGAUUAA